AUGUAUUUCCCACUUUCUCAUUCUUCUUUUCCCCUACCUACUUCGAUCUACUCAUUCUUCUAUUCACCCAAUCUACUUUCCAUCUUCUCGUCCUUCUUUUCACCCAAUCUAUUUCUACAUUCUUCCAUUCUUCUUUUGUCCCCUUCCUACUUUCGAUCUACUCAUUCUUCUAUUCACCCAAUCUACUUUCUUCCACACCCACGUCCUUCUUUUUCACCCAAUCUAUUUCUUCUCAUUCUCAUUCUUCUUUCCACCCAAUCUACUUUCUUUUCCAUCCAAUCUACUGUCUGUCUUCUUCUAUUCACCCAAUCUACUUUCUGCCUUCUCGUCCUUCUUUUCACCCAAUCUAUUUCCACAUUCUCAUUCUUCCACCCUACCUACUUUCUGAUCAACUCAUUCUUCUAUUCACCCAAUCUACUGUCUGUCUUCCACCUUCUUUUCACCCAAUCUAUUUCCACAUUCUCAUUCUGCUUUUCACCCUAUCUACUUUCUGUCUUCUAUUCUUCUAUUCUUCUCUACUUCCACCCAAUCUACUUUUCUUCUUCCACCCUAUUCUAUCUCAUUCUUCUUUUCACCCAAUCUACUUCUGUCUUCCACCCAAUCUACUGUCUGUCUUCUCGUCCUUUUUUCAAUGCUGUAUUUCCACCCAAUCUCAUUCUGUCUUCCACCCUAAUCUACUGUCUGUCUUCCACCCAUUCACCCUGUCUGUCUUCCACCUUCUCUCCUGUCUUUUCCACCCAAUCUAUUUCUGUCUUCUCAUUCUUCUUUUCUGUCUUCCUACUUUCUACUGUUCUUCACCCAAUCUACUUCUUCUUCCACCCUUUCACCCAAUCUAUUUCCACCCAAUCUCGUCCUUCUUUUCACCCAAUCUACUGUCUGUUUCCACAUUCUUCACCCAAUCUCUGUCUUUUCCCAAUCUACUGUCUGUCUUCCUUUCAAUCUACUGUCUGUCUUCCACCCUACCUACUGUCUGUCUCAUUUCUUCUAUUCACCCAAUCUCUUUCCCACCUUCUCGUCCUUCUUUUCACCCAAUCUAUUUCCACAUUCUCAUUCUUCUUUUCACCCUACCUGUCUUUCGAUCUACUCAUGUCUGUCUUUCACCCAAUCUACUGUCUGUCUUCCACCCAAUCGUCCUUCUUUUUCACCCAAUCUAUUUCCACAUUCUCUGUCUUCUUUUCACCCAAUCUACUGUCUGUCUUCCCAUUCACCAAUCUACUGUCUGUCUUCUUCUACUGUCUGUUUCCACCCAAUCUACUUCUGUCUUCCACCCAAUCUACUGUCUGUCUUCUCUACUGUCUGUCUUCCACCGUCCUUUGUCUGUCAAUCUAUUUCCACAUUCUCAUUCUGUCUUUUCCACCCACCUACUGUCUGUCUUCUCAUUCUUCUAUUCACCCAAUCUACUUCCACCAAUCUUCUCGUCCUUCUUUUCACCCAAUCUAUUUCCACAUUCUCAUUCUUCUUUUCACCCUACUACUGUCUUCUUCCAUCAACUCAUUCUUCUAUUCACCCAAUCUACUUUCCGUCCUCCACCUCGUCUUCUUUUCACCCAAUCUAUUUCCACAUUCUCAUUCUUCUUUCACCCUACCUGUCUUCCACCCUACUCAUUCUUCUAUUCACCCAAUCUACUUUCCAUCUUCUCGUCCUUCUUUUCACCCAAUCUAUUUCCACAUUCUCAUUCUUCUUUUCCCCCUACCUACUUUCGAUCUGUCUUCCAUUCUUCUAUUCACCCAAUCUACUUUUCCACCUACUCGUCCUUCUCUUCACCCAAUCUAUUUACACAUUCUCAUUUUUCUUUUCACCCUACCUACUGUCGAUCUACUCAUUCUUCUAUUCACCCAAUCUUCUUUCCACCUUCUCGUCCUUCUUUUCACGCAAUCAAUUUCUACAUUCUCAUUCUUCUUUUCACCCUACCUACUUUCGAUCUACCCAUUCUUCUAUUCACCCAAUCUACUUUCCAAUUUCUCGUCCUUCUUUUCACCCAAUCUAUUUCCACAUUCUCAUUCUUCUUUCACCCUACCCACUUUCGAUCUACUCAUUCUUCUAUUCACCCAAUCUACUUUCCGCCUUCUCGUCCUUCUUUUUCACCCAAUCUAUUUCCACAUUCUCAUUCUUCUUUCUGUCUUCCUACUUUCGAUCAACUGUUCUUCUUUCACCCAAUCUACUGUCUGUCUUCCACCUUCUCUACGUCCUUCUUUUCACCCAAUCUAUUUCCACAUUCUCAUUCUUCUUUCACCCUUCCACUUUCGAUCAACUCAUUCUUCUAUUCACCCAAUCUACUUUCCGUCUGUCCUUCUUUUCACCCAAUCUGUUUCCACAUUCUCAUUCUUCUUUUCACCCAAUCUACUUUCUGUCUACUCAUUCUUCUAUUCUACCCAAUCUGUUUUCCACCCAAUCGUCCUUCUUUUCCACCCAAUCUAUUUCCACAUUCUCAUUAUUUUUCACCCUGUCUUCCACCCAUCUACUCAUUCUUCUUCCACCCAAUCUACUUUCCGCCUUCUCGUCCUUCUUUUCCCAAUCUAUUUCCACAUUCUCAUUCUUCUUUUCACCCUACCUACUUUUGAUCAACUCUUCUUCUUUUCACCCAAUCUCUUUCCGCCUUCUCGUCCUUCUUUUCCACCCAAUCUAUUUCCACAUUCUCAUUCUUCUUUUCACCCUCCUCCUUUCGAUCAACUCAUCUGUUUUUCCACCCAAUCUACUUUCCGCCUUCUCGUCCUUCUUUCACCCAAUCUGUUUCCACAUUCUCAUUCUUCUUUUCACCCUACCUACUUUCUUCCACCAUCUACUCAUUCUUCUAUUCACCCAAUCUACUUUCCGCCUUCUCGUCCUUCUUUUUUUUCUUUCAAAUCUAUUUCCACAUUCUCAUUCUUGUUUCUUUUUCACCCUACCUACUUCCAAUCAACUCAUUCUUCUAUUCACCCAAUCUUCUUUCCCCUUCUCUCGUCCUUCUUUUCACCCUAUCUAUUUCUGUCUCAUUCUUCUAUCACUCAAUCUGUUCUUCUUUCACCCUACAUCUACUUUCCGAUUUCUCAUUCCACCCUUUUCACCCAAUCUACUUUCCCUUUUUCGUCUUCUUUUCACCCAAUCUAUUCAUCUGUCUUUCUCAUUCUUCCUUUUCACCCCAAUCUAUUUACCUUCUCAUUCUUCUUUUCAUCUACUCAUUCUUCUUCUAUUCACCCAAUCUACUUUCUUCCGCCUUCUCGUCCUUCUUUUCACCCAAUCUAUUUUGUCAUUCUCAUUCUUUCUUUUUCACCCAAUCUACCUGUCCUUCUUUUCACCAAAUCUAUUUCCACAUUCAUUCUUCUUUUCACCUGCAUCUAUCUUCUUCUUUCACCUUCUAUCGUCCUCCUUUUUUCACCCAAUCUAUAUCCACAUUCUCAUUCUUCUUUCAAUCCUACCCUACCUACUUUCACCCAAUCUACUCAUUUUCUCUGUCCUUCUUUUCACCCAAUCUAUUCACAUUCUCAUUCUUCUUUUCACCCUACCUUUUCAUCUACUCAUUAUUCUCCCAAUCUCUUUCCCGCGUCCGUUUCUUUUCAAGUCUAUUUCCACAUUCUCAUUCUUCUUUUUACCCUACCUACUUUCGAUCUACUCAUUCUUCUAUUCAACCGAUCAACUUUCCAAUUUUCUACACUUUUUCAACCAAUCUAG